UCUCACCCCCCGUAGCAAUCUGGCGCUACACCCCCUCCGCGUACGCUGCGUAGCACCCGUAGCAGCUACGCAUGUGAAUAGGGCAUAAUAGCAAAUUUGCAAUGCUGCAUUUCUCGUUCUCAGCAGAGAUGUCGCCCAUCGCCAUGGCUCCUGAGAGAGGACGUUUGCUUAAGAGAGGAUGAAAGAGGUGAAUCACAGCAUGAAAGAGAGGAUGAAGAGAAGCAAGAUGCGAGGAGCGAGAGCUAGAGGAUGUUUUCAAAGCUCAUAGAAGUCUUCUGCCCACUGUAAAAGUAUCUUCUGGGACCAGCACACGCAGAAUGGAAGGCCUGAUUGACGUCUUCAGCCAUGCAGACCUGUUUCGAGUGGACACUCGGCCAAACGCUUCAUGGGGGAGCGUGAGAGAGGGUACACCCAUCUUGUUUGAGAGUGCCCGCUUCAAUGGCAGCCCUGGCAGAAGAUUGGGCGAACCAGCAAUUGUGGACUUUGCAACUUUCAAGUCUCUGUUUAAUGCAGCAGCAGCUGGAGUGCUUCAACAGGUGGACUGGCGCAACUGUAUGGUGGCAGGAGGCCAGGUCCUUGGGUGCCUCCGGGGCUUGGCAAAAGACAUCGAGAAACCGUCAGACAUCGACAUCUUCCUUUUUGCACUUGAGGGGCCUGGGCAAAUCUUGUGGAAGGUUCAUACUUUACUAUUCCAGAUCUAUCAGGGCUAUGAGAUUGCCAAUCGCUGCAACCCUGUAACUCGCCCCGAUGUCUUCAUCGAAGUCUUCAGAACAGAGCACACGCUGACCCUCAUUCCGAGGUACGACGUCCCCGUCGAAGGAGGAUUUCUGAGUUUGCCGAAGAUCCAAAUAGUGAUGCGCAACUUCCUCAGCGCGGCAGACGUUCUCGCGCCGUUCGACCUUGACUGCUGCUGCGUUGCUUACGAUGGGACUAGAGUCUGGGCCAGCCCCAGGGCACUCAGAGCGCUCCAAACUGGCAUUAAUCUUGUUGGCCUGAGCUUCCGACACGUGUACUACGAAGACAGGCUGAUGAAGUACUCCAGGCGUGGUUUUGCCGUUCAAGAUCCUGAGAUGAGCGAAAAGCCGCUUGCGCUGCUAGAAAGGUACUUUGGACGACAGCAGGAAAGCAUUGAAAGACUGGGACUAGAGGAUCUGGUGCGGUGCAUCCGUGCCAGCAAGGGGCUGCUGAAGUUACUUCUGGCGGAUCUGGCUGAGAAGAGGGGCAUCGUCUGGGCCAGCGCACUCGUGGAGACAGCUUCCUUUGACGUGACCAAUCCUGAGGAAGGCUUUGAGGAGCAGCACGGGAAUUCGGCCUCCAACGAUUCGCGUCCCGUCGUCUUUCAUCCGCCGCCUCUCUUGAAGUUCUGGAAAGACCACUACCCGAACCUGUUCCUCAAGGACCUGUUGCGCUACUUGGGGCGAGGAGACACAGAUCGCCUCGACUUCGACUUUUACAGCAAUCGUCCUCCUGUCAACCCCAGCCGUGCAGAUUGGGAAAGAGGUAUCACAGAAAACAGCCUGGAGGAUGCCGUCGCUCUUCUAUCCCUGACCGCGCCUAAAUCAUCGUCACAAGAUCGUCAAGCACAGGCACCGUCUCUACAGAAGGAAGUAAUCAAGAAGCAGAAAACUUCUGAGACUAGAACCCUCCUCGAACUACCAAACAUCGUCCUGGUCGAGGUUCUGAACCACUGUACUGCAAAGUCCCUAGCCGCUCUCGCUAUCACCUGCAAGACCCUCGAGCGCGCCGUCGUUCUCGGGGGGGUCUGGAAGCACCUGUGCUUUCGUGACUUCAGCCCCCAACCGGUGUCCUAUUCGUCCGACCGUCCUGGAUUCGACUUGCCCCCCCAAGCUUGGAGCCUAGCUUACCGGGAUCUGACGUCAUUGAAGAACCUGGGCUGGCGUGAGUGGGACGUCAGCCCGUUGCGCGCGCAAGCGGAGAGAUGCCGUGGCAACAUGGCCCUCUUUGCGAGAAACGCGCCGUUCCCGCGCGUCUGGCAUGCCACCGCUGUCUGUAGAAACAAGCUCGUGCUGACUGGAGGAAUCAAACACUCCGUCGGCAUAGAAGGCACGUUCGUCUUCGACUUCGACUCCAAAGAGUGGACCAAAGUGCGCACCAAACUGCGGCAGCGCUGCGCCGUUGCGCAACCCGGCGACGACCCUUUCGAGAGCGUCGAUUGGGACUUCUCGAGCCGCCAGGGCCACACGAUGACCGCCAUCAACGGCCACGAGAUCGUCGUCCUCUUCGGCAAGCGCGGACUCUCCGCGGCGGAGAAGGCGCGCGUGGAGAGCGCAGGGGAAGCGCGCGAGCAACAGUACGUUCCCGUCAACGACCCGCGAAUCGAUGUUUCGAACCUUCUCGACGCGAUCUCCGCCGGGCAGGACGAAGAACUGGACGCGAUCUACGCGAGGCAGCCGCACGGCGGAGGCGGAGGGCGUGGCGUUUCGCCGGUCCUGCGGAAGGGGCACACCGCGUGCCUGCACCCGGACGGAAAGUCCGUGAUCGUCUUUGGCGGCCUGACGUCAGACAAGGGGCGGUUUGAGGAGAGUACGGAAAGGGAGUGCGUCAGCACGGCGGACCUGCACGUGCUGGACCAGGAGACGCGAGACGGAGAGAGGGUUUGGGUUUGGAAGGAGGUUAACACAACCGGGGGAGCGCCCCACUCGCAGCACGGGCACGGCGCGUGCGUGGUGGGCGACCGCUUGGUGAUUCUGGGCGGUUAUAUAGCAAACGAGACGUGGGGGGACUGGCGGGAUCACCCGGGCAUGAAGGUCUGGAUUCUCGACCUGAAGUCUUUGGAAUGGUCCCACCCCCAGCCAAGCAGCCCGCCCGAACUUCGCUCUUACUUCGGAAGCCUCGUCGCUUUUGGUGAUAACGUCGUCAUGAUUGAGGGGGGCCACAAGAUCUGGAUGUUCAACAUGCGGGACUCGACCUGGGGUAAAGUGAAGAUCCGGAAUCAUUGCUUGGUAAAGAGCUUCAACUCGGAUAAGAAAGUCUUCUACGGCAGAUCCCCAGUCGUCAGGGUGGGCCACUCGGUUGCGCAGUUUGGGUUCUCGGUAUAUGUGAUGGGAGGAAACGCGGAGAGCAACAUUUUCGAGCAGAUGGCAGUUCUCGACCUCGCAGGCUUUGAGCAUAGGCCUCGUUAAAAGAUGGGGUUUGGUGUGAGAAGUACGUCUAAAUGAAGUAAGAUAACCGCCAACACCUUCGAGUACAUGGCAGUUCUCCACCCUCACGGGCAUUGAGCAUAUUAGGUUUCGUUAGAGAAGUCUGGUUUUGAAGUACGUCUGACUCAAGUAAGAUAACGGCCGACAACUAAGUUCAGAAACAAGUGGACUGUACAUAUACGGAAGUUUGUCAACAACCAUCUUGAGAUGUCCAGUAGUGAAAGGCGAGUCGGAUCGCAGGCUUGCUUCAGAGCUAGGGUGGUCUCAAAACAUGACACGGUAACUUUGGAUGGAAGAGCAGAUCACAGCUGUAUGGAACUUGAUGCCUGGUUGCUGUUAGACCUUGUUUUGCAUUGAAGCUGGGCGCACGGGCCUCGGUUUCGCAGUUGCGUAGAAUGUAAGGACGAGAUGCGCUGUGUAUUUGGGCUAUUCUUCUU